AUGGCCGGCUCAGACACCUCGUCGACCUCCUCGCAGCCAGCUGCCAGCUCUGCCAGCACCGCCAGCAGCACCGCCUCCAAGAUGAACAGGAUAGUCGUCCUCUCGCUGCCGCCAGCCCUGCUCAGCCGUUUCCCCAGAGGCAGCAGCGGCAAUGCCAGCGAGGACAGCCAGGCCAACAAGGAGGACGAGUCCAGCUCGCCGUCGACGCCGCCCGCUGCUCCUCUCACCGAUAACGCCUCAGACGGCGACGCUGCCUCGACCGGUGCCGGGCCUACCCCUUCGACUCCCUCAGCGUCGGUCUCUGGCUCGGGUGCUGCCACCGCCAACGGGCCUACUUCAGCACCGGCCUCGGGGUCGGGGGCUGCAAAGGCAGGGACCAAGAGAGGUGCUCAGGCUCUAGGUCCAGACGGCCUCCCUAAACCACGAGGCAAGCCGGGCCCCAAGAAGAAACCAAGACUGGAAGACGGAGAGACUCCCUCUCGUCCACCACCUCCACCUCACCACCGCCUGGGCCCCAAGGCCAACCAGGGGGCCAUCAACGCCUGUCUGCGUGCUCUGGACCGCUCAGGCAAGCCCUGUCGCAAGUGGGAGCGAAAGUCGUUCCAGCUCAAGUCCUUUACCGGUGUGAUAUGGCAGGUUCCUAGCUGGGGGGCUCCCCCUCGGCCCAAGCCAACGCCAGAGGAAGAAGAGGAGAAACAGAAAGAAAAGGAGGCUACCAACGGAGAGAAGAAAGACAAGGAGAAAGACAAGAAGAGCGAGAAGAGCGAGAAGAGUGCAAAGAGUGCAAAGAGUGAGAAGAGUGAGAAGAGCACUGCUGAUCCUACUGAAGCUGAGCCUGAAGCUGAAGCUGGGAGAGAUGCUACGCCUGCCGGAAGCAUGAUGGAUAUCGACUCUCCUGCUCCUGUUGCCGUUGCCUCUUGA